GCUUCAGCUGACAGUAAUUAUUUUUUAACAACAUACAACACAUAUUUAUAUUUACAUCCAUAUUUUUCUUAUCUACAAAAAAUUAUCAACACAUAUAGAUCGUCCAGAUGUGCACAAGUGUUUGUUGUCGGUGUUUAGAUUAAAGAACUAGUCAGCAGCCGCUCUAAACGACCCAAUAUCACCUCUCACCGCUUGACGGAUGAAAACUGUCUACGUCGACUCCGGUUAAACAAAAAUGUUUUUUAGAAAGUUAACAUGCGGAAGAUAAGUUUAACAUAGUUUGCCGCAAUAUUUAGUGCGGCAGGUAAACCUUUCUCAAUAUUAUUGUCAACAAAGCUCCAUAAGGUACUGCAAAAAUAAUAAUUUAUAAAAAAACCAAGGUUUACGUAUUUUUAAUAAUAAUGGAUCAAACACUGGUACUCUGGAUACUUGCUGUGGUUAUGUUAGUGGGAUCAUAUGUUGCUGGAUCCUUGCCACUUGUUAUGAACUUGUCUGAGGAUAAGUUGCAGCUUGUAUCAGUAUUAGGAGCUGGCCUACUAGUCGGAACAGCGCUAGCUGUCAUUAUUCCCGAGGGAAUUCGUGCAUUAUUCAGCGGUGCAGGUAGUGUUGAUGCUCAUACUCCAGCAACUGGUCAUGAUGCAUCUGUUGAUGUUUCAGCUGAUCUCCACGGUAUGAUAGGAGUAAGUUUGGUGUUAGGUUUUGUGUUCAUGCUGCUGGUUGAUCAGUGCUCAACGAGACGCAGUGGUGGUAAAGAAAAAAGUGUUACUGCUACUAUAGGUUUGGUUGUACAUGCAGCAGCUGAUGGUGUUGCUUUGGGUGCUGCUGCAACUACAUCACAGGCUGAUGUUGAAGUUAUAGUUUUUCUCGCUAUUAUGCUGCACAAGGCACCAGCAGCAUUUGGAUUAGUAUCUUUUCUUCUUCAUGAAGGUGUAGAUAGAAAAAAAAUAGGACGGCAUUUAUUAGUAUUUUCUUUAUCUGCUCCAUGUUUAGCACUUGUUACAUAUUUUGGAAUUGGAAAGGAGGGUAGAGAAACAUUGAGCAAUGUUAAUGCCACAGGCUUGGCGAUGUUAUUUAGUGCUGGUACAUUUUUAUAUGUCGCAACUGUCCACGUUUUGCCAGAAUUAAUGACCAGAAAUAGUAAUUCAUACUCUCAUUUACCAGUCGUUGAAGGCGCACCAAUUAGUACAUCAGGUUUGAAGUUUAAAGAAAUAUUGGCGUUGGUCAUUGGAUCAUUUUUACCUGCAUUACUGACCACUGGUCAUCAUCAUUAGUAGUUUUUUUUUUUUUAUUACUUAUUUAUUUGUAAUAUAAAUUUUAAUAACU